UAAAGUGGUCAUAUCGAGCCGCGAAAGCCAUUUACGAUUAACUAGUUUCUUUUCCCCUUUGUUUUCCCCGUUUCCAGAUUUUCCCCCAGUUUCCCACAGAGUGUUUUCAGGUUUCCAUACCGAAAUAUUAUGUAACGCAGUGAGUUAUAAGUGAUCUGAUUAUGAUAACCCGGAGCCGCGCAAAGGAUUCAGUGUGUGACCAAGCGCAGAACCCCGACAUGGAAAUAACACAACCAUCCGUAGGUACAAGUCGAGAAAAUAUAACAUAUCUCGACUGCAGGCAGCACUCCGCGGCGCCGCCAAGGAAUGCACCGCGACCCUGCUGGCGACAACCCUCAACCCUCAGGAAGUAAUCAACGCACUGGAACAGAGGUUUGCGAGACCGGAAAUAAUAGUUAACCAACAGGUAACAUGUUUAAAAAUGUCACCUAAACUUACCUACGAUUUAAAGGAUUUACCUAAUCUCGUAACUAAACUACAAAACUGCGUUGCUACUUUAAGAGCACUCGACCAACACGAUUACUUGAUUUCACCGGAACUUUAUCAAACGGUUUUAACUAAAUUAACCCCUAUCUUAUUAGAAAAAUGGUUUGACUACGCCCAUUCCCGCAACUCUAAUAAAAAACUGGUCGCGUUAUCAGAUUUUUUGGAAAUAGAAUUAGUAAAACAUGUGAAGUUUGGUUCGCUAGCCAGCUAUAAUCCCAUUCUACCGCAGGACCAAACUAGAUUUAAGGGUGCUUUACACAGGCGCGAGGAAAACGUCUUAGCCACAACUAGUAACGCAAAAAAAACACAAUGCGUAUAUUGUAACAAUAAACACGAUAUUAGGGAAUGCACACCGUUUAGGGAAUUGCCAAUCAAUGACAAGUGGGCGUGGGUAACAAGAUACAGAGUGUGUUAUAGGUGCCUAAAGAGCCAUCCACACACGUGGAGAGAAUGUUCACCGAACCUAAAAUGUGGAGUUGACUCAUGCAGUAGGAACCACGACCCGAUGCUACAUAGGCAGGAAACGUCAGGUCAAAUAGCGAACAACACAGUCAACGUAACAUGUCCACAGCCCUUACCAGCUACAGUAGACGAACCGUCAAACAACACAGUGGUCGACACGAUCAACACAGCUAUCAACACAUCAUGUGAACAAAGACAAACUCUAUUAAAAAUUAUCCCAGUAACUAUUAGUGGACCAAAGGGUAGCUACGACACCUUCGCUAUGUUAGACGAUGGGAGUACAGCUACUGUCAUUGACCAAGUCGCUGCCGGCAUUAUAGGAGCCGAAGGGCGCCCGGAACAAAUUAGCGUACAAGGAAUAGGAGGUAUGAGGAUAGAUGUCCAAGUCGAGUAUGUCAGCUUCGACAUAAGAGGUAAAUACGCCAACGACAGCUACAAAAUCAACAAUGCCAAGAGCAUGGAAAAAUUAAAUCUUCGUAAACAAACAAUACAACUAACAGACGUUCAAAUGUUUAAACACCUAUCCGACAUAGCAAACAAGAUAUCAUAUUCCGAUGCGAAACCAACAGUGCUCAUAGGAGCGUGCGAUUGGAAUUUACUCAUUACCCACGAACAUCGUAUUGGGUCUGCUGGGGAACCAGUAGCAUGUCGUACUGCUUUAGGUUGGACACUAUAUGGUUCUAUGUCAAGCCGUAACGUUACCAACUUAAUUGCCCAGCAUAAUAUCUUUCACACAAACACCCACAAAAAACACAGUGACAACUCGGAGCUAGAGUCCCUCGUUAAAACUCAAUAUAAAUUGGACUCGUUGGGAAUAACCAAACAAGUUAAAUUAACGGACGCAGAGGAGCGAGCCAUUCAUAUUUUAGAGUCCACGGCACGCCGUCUCCCAACCGGCCGAUUUGAGGUAGGCAUGAUUUGGCGAAAUGAUAUCGAGCACACACCAGAUAGCUAUUAUCAAGCUCUUAAUAGGUUAAAAGGUUUAGAUAAACUUAUGAAAAAAGACCAAACUUUCGCCGACGCUUACACGACAUACAUAAACGGCCUACUGGAAAAAGGUUACGCAGAAACAUGCGAACCAUCUACGUACCACGAAGUGUAUCAAAAGAUGCCACCGCACGAACCAAUACGAUGGUACACUCCACAUUUUGGUGUUUACCACCCACAAAAAAAGAAAUUACGCGUUGUUAACGACGCUGCUUGUAAGACAUAUGGAGUCAGCUUGAACUCGCUUCUACUCCCGGGGCCAGACCUACUACAACCCCUCUUAGGAGUGUUGUUUCGAUUUAGAGAGGGACGUAUCGGUCUCACAGCCGACAUUAAGGAAAUGUUUCCACAAGUACGCAUCCGACCACAGGAUCGUGAUGCACUCCGCUUCCUUUGGACAGAGAAUUCAAACAUAAAGGAACUAAGAAUGACUUCCGUUAUUUUUGGCGCAUGCUCAAGCCCAUUUACGGCGCAAUUUAUUAAAAAUAAAAAUGCCUUAGAAUUUAAGACUCGUUAUCCUGAAGCGCUUGGCUUCCUCAACCUGACUUGUUAG